GAUUGCUUGAGUCUACUUGAAAUGCGGAAAUGCUUGGAUGAUUGAACUACCUGAACAGUCGCUAACUUUCAGUAGUAGCUUUUUUAUGUAGUUGCAAUCCAACAAAGUUUUACUUUUUGGCGGUGACACAUGGCAAAAUCACGGAAGAUAAAAAAAAAACCAGAUGGACAGAGAAAAAACUAUCCCAUUGAUAUAUAGAAACAAAGUGGUCACGACUCAAUUUUUUUUUGACCAAAUACUUGUUCUUCCUCUUCUUCCUCUUCGAUUACUCUUUCGUCUCUAUUCAAAGUGAAAAGAGGAUUAGUAUAAUGACUAAACGUGAUCUUCACAAUGAAGGAGGCGAUGAGCAAAGGCCCAAGAAAAAGGCGAAGAGUGAAAAGCAGAAGAAGGAAAAAUCUGCGAAGUCUAAAUCAAGCGCUGAACAGAGACCCUCUUACGUCCAGUCUCCUGCAUUGGAUGAUGUCUCACAGUCCGAAAUCGAGAAAUUCCUUACGGAAAACUCUAUUAAGAUAACAGAUACAUCAUCUGAGAACGUAAUGCGUCCAAUCAUUUCAUUUUCUCACCUUCCCCCUCGCAAAGAUGACCUAUAUGCGCCAUUGAGCUCAUUCAAAUCACCAACUUCGAUUCAGUCUGCUACCUGGCCGUUGUUAUUCGCUGGUCGUGAUGUCAUUGGCAUCGCAGAAACUGGAAGUGGAAAGACACUUGCCUUUGGGUUGCCGUGUCUAAAGAAAAUACAGGACUCAGUGACGACCAAACAGAAACCUUAUCGACCUUUGGCAGUAAUAAUAUCUCCAACGAGGGAACUAGCGAUGCAAAUAUACGACCAAUUGUUGAAGUUCUCAGGGUCCGUGGGCGUCAGAGUGGCUUGUGUAUUCGGCGGCGUGAGAAAGGAGGAACAACGGGAGGCUCUUAAAACCGCAGAGGUGGUUGUUGCGACCCCUGGAAGGUUGAAGGAUCUUCAAAAUGAUGGUUCGGUAGACCUAGGAAAAGUGAAGUACCUGGUUCUAGACGAGGCGGAUCGCAUGCUGGACAAGGGCUUUGAACAAGAUAUCAAGGACAUCAUUCGUCCAAUGCCGGUAUCUAAGCGCCAGACCAUCAUGUUCACUGCAACCUGGCCUCCAAGUGUCAGGGACCUCGCGUCAACUUUCAUGACGUCUCCUGUGACUGUCACCAUCGGAGGUGAUCCAUCUGCUGACCCGCGAGCGAACACCAGGAUCAAGCAAGUUGUGGAGGUUGUCAAGCCGCAUGAAAAAGAGACUCGACUUAUCCAAUUAUUGAAUAGGUCCCAGCGAGGGGUUCCUGAGCCAGCAAAAGUGCUAGCCUUUUGCUUGUACAAGAAGGAAGCCGUGCGGAUUGAGAGACUUCUCCGUACAAAGGGAUUUAAAGUCGCAGGAAUACAUGGGGACUUGAGUCAGCAGGAGAGGUUUCGAAGCUUAGAUGCCUUCAAAACAGGAGCAGCUACUGUCCUCGUUGCUACUGACGUUGCAGCUCGUGGACUUGACAUACCUUCGGUCAAACAGGUCAUUAAUGUCACAUUCCCGCUUACGGUUGAGGAUUAUGUACAUCGAAUUGGGCGGACUGGUCGUGCUGGAGCUGACGGACAUGCUGUGACCCUAUUUACCGAGACAGAUAAAGCUCAGUCUGGCGCAUUGAUCAACGUCCUCAGAGCAGCAAAACAGGAUAUACCAGAAGACCUCCUUAAGUUUGGAACAACUGUUAAGAAGAAGCAACAUGAUGCAUAUGGUGCAUUCUUCAAAAAUGUCGACACUGACAAGACAGCCACAAAAAUUGUGUUCGACGACUAGUUCUUCACAUCAUUCUGUCUUUACUCUCGCACUCCUAGACUUGAUUAUCCGGCGAAUAUAUGUGUAUCGUGU